AUGCCUUCGCGCACUCGCCAAGGUCCUGCCGAUGAGGCUGAGGAGGAGACUGGCCUUCGCAGCCUGGCCUUCAACCAGCCGCUCUCCUGGCGCGUGGGGCGCUCCGCCAUCCCCAUCGCAGAUCUCCUCGAACGGUUGCAGUCGCUCGCCCAGGAACUUCGCAAGCUCGAACAGGAGGAAAUCGACAAGGAAUCUCUCACCAAAGUCUCGCAGGAGCUCGCCAGUGCGCACUUGCUGGCGCAUAAGGAUAAGGGAGUGAGGGCGUGGGCCACGUGCUGCAUCGUUGACGUCUUGCGACUCUGCGCGCCAGACGCGCCUUUCACGAGAAAUCAGCUCAAGGAUAUCUUCACAUGCAUCGUCACCUCCAUCAUCCCCGCACUGGCCGAUCCAGCUAACGCCUACAAUGCGCAACACAUCUACGUCUUGGGUUCACUCGCCGAGGUCAAGAGUAUUGUUCUCAUGACAGAUCUGGACCACCCUGACUCGCUCAUCGUUCCCCUAUUCACCGGCUGCUUCGACCUAGUCUCGGGGUCGUCCAAAGCCUCGACCGGCGAAGAAGUCGCAAAGGGCGUAGAGUUUGAUAUGACUCGGCUCCUGGUGACAGUCAUCGACGAAACGCCAGUUCUGGCUGCGGAAGUUGUGGACACAAUCGUGGCACAAUUCUUGCGGGUUGACCCUCGGGUGCUGGACAACCGCAAGAAGAGCCGUCGGGCCGACACACCAGUCGACACCAAGCAGGAUACCCUCCUGUUGAAGGAUUACCCCCCAGCCUACAACAUGGCCAAGGCCAUUUGCCAGGCUUGUCCCGAGCGAAUGACGAGCCACAUCAGCCAAUACUUCAACAACGUCAUUAUCGAUGCGUCCGCCCCGGUCAAUCAAGCAAAUGGUUCCAAAGGCAGCUCCCGCAAACCGAACCUCGAUGACUCCGAUGAGGAGGGAGAGGAUAUCAUGGAAUUGAGCAAGGCGCAUCGUUUGAUCCGAGAGCUGUGGCGCGCCUGCCCGGAGGUCUUGCAGAACGUCAUCCCGCAGGUUGAAGCCGAAUUGUCUGCGGAAUCUGUCGCUCUGCGGCUGCUGGCCACGCAAACUAUCGGAGACCUCGCGGCGGGCAUUGGCGUUGCUGGACCUCCUCCGCCUCCACCUAUGGACCCCGCGGCAUACCCACCUGUCACGCUGGAGGAAUAUACGCAGACCAUCACUCAGCCCAGCGUCCUUCUCACACCGGUCUCCCCCAAGCCCUUUUCUCAAGUGCACGUCUCAGCCUACGAGGCCUUCCUGAGCCGAAGACUUGACAAGACCCCUUCGGUGCGCGCUGCAUGGGCCACUGUGGUGGGUCGGAUCUUGCUGACUUCUGCCGGAGGUUCUGGUUUAAGUGAGAAUGAGGAACAAUCGCUUAUGGAGAGCCUUGCCUCGAUGCUCCGCGAUGCCGACGAGAAAGUUCGUGUCGCUGCAGUCAAUACCGUCGGACAGUUUGGAUUAUCCCACGUCGUUCACAAGCUGGGUAUGAAGGGCGGCUGCUCUACCGAGAACUCGAUACUUGCGAUCCUCGCAGAGCGAGUCAAGGAUCGUAAGCCACAGGUCCGUGAGCAUGCGAUGAAAAUUCUUGCCCGUAUGUGGGCAGUUGCAGCUGGCGAAAUUGAGCAGAAUACGGAGCCUGUUGUGUCUCUAUUGAAGGACGCGCCAUCCAAGAUUUUUGAUGCUUUCUACACCAACGACCAGGAGAUCCAUAUUUUGAUUGACCGUGUCCUGUUCGAAACCCUUCUCCCUCUCAGUUAUCCCCCUAUCAAGUCGAAGCUGUCUCGGUCCGCGUCGAACCAAUCACAAAAGCAAAAGGAUAGCCAGGCCUCUGAGGCCGACCAAGAAAAUGAUGUUGAUAAGAUCCGUGUCCGUCGAAUUCUUACAUUGCUCCGAGGCCUGGAUGAGAAGGCGCGCCGAGUGUUCUUUGUCAUGCUCGCGCGUCAGUUGUCCAUGAGAUCAGCGAUGACGCUCUAUCUGGAGGCAUGUGAGAAGUACAAUGGUGGUGUUAUCGAUAAAGACGAGGACCAGGUCAAGGCCCAGCUGUCGAGGAUCAUUGACUCGCUGUCCAAAACUUUCCCGGAUGCGUCGCGUGCAUCGGCGGAUUUGUGGAAAUUUGCGAAGGUCCAUGACCGCCGCAGUUACCAGCUAAUUCGCUUUGCUAUGGCCGCUGUCAGUGAUUAUCGUACUGUGAUCAAGGCUAUCAGAGAACUUCAGCGACGUGCACAGAGCGCCAACAACUCCCCUCUCCUCGAAACCAUCACACCUCUGCUGUAUCGCUCCGGCUCGCUGAUCUUCAAUCGGAGUCACAUCCCGGCCAUCAUGAGCCUCUCUCGAACCGACGAGAAUGGUUUGGCCAACGCCGCACAGGAGAUGCUCAAACAAAUCUCCUCUCAAAACCCGGAGGUCUUGGAGGCACAAGUCCAAGAAAUGUGCAAGGACCUCGAGGCACAAGCCCCGAAGGCAAACACUCCUGGCGAUGCUAGUACUGAGGAGAUUCUCAAGGCUUGUGCUGGCUUUGCUAAGAAACUCCCGGCCAAACUUCCCAGAGAACGCAAGUUUUUCCAGGCCCUUACCAACUAUGCCCUGUAUAGUACCUCCCCCGCGUCUGCUAAGCAUGCUGUCUCUAUUCUCAUGGCUACCGCGGACCGAAAGGAAAUGUAUGCAAAGGAUCUUGUGCAAAAAUGCGUCAAAAAGUGGACCUAUGGCUCUGACCACUUCCUCACUCGCCUCGCUGCCCUGUCCCAGCUGAACCUUCUUGCGCCAAGGGAAGCAGACGAAGAGAAUGACGCGAUUAUUUCCAUUGCCAUCAACCAGAUCCUUCUGACCAACCGCGCCCCUGAGAAAGACCCCGAAUACGUCUGGUCUGAGACCACAGAUGAGGAAACUCAAGCUAAAGAGUGGGCGCUCAAGAUCAUUGUUAACCGCCUUCGAGCCAAGGACGGAUCGGAUGGGGACGAUGACUUCCGUGCGCAUGCCGAGCCUGUCUAUGACAUUUUAAACAAACUGGUUGCAGGCGAAGGUGAAUUGUCUGAGAAAAAGGACACCCCAGCGAGCCAAAAAUCGCGCCUUCGCCUUCUCGCUGCCAAGUCCCUCGUCAAGCUGUGUGCUUCCAGGGUUCUGUGCGACCAGCUGCUUACUCCAACAAACUUUAAUUCGAUUGCCUUGAUGGCCCAGGAUCGCCUUCUUCAGGUGCGGAGUGCGUUUAUCAAUCAUCUAAAGAAGAAAUUGGUGCAACGGUCACACUUGGGUCAGCGCUGGUACAUUAUUCCCUGUCUGCUUGCUUUCGAGCCCAGCAAGACCUUGAAGGAAAGUACGCUCACUUGGCUGCGAUCGCGGGCCGCCUUUUACUCUCAGCAGGCCCAGGCAAGUGGGAAGCGCACUGAGCAAACAAUGGUGAUGGAAUUGAUCUUCUCGCGUCUUCUGUCCCUGCUUGCUUACCACCCUGACUACCCCUCUGAUGAGCUUGAUGAAUCGACGAGGCUUGGUGAUCUGAGCGACUUUGCCCAGUACAUCAUCUACUAUCUUACUGCCGUGGCCAACGAGCACAACAUAUCUCUGAUUUUCCACGUCGCCCAGCGCGUCAAGCAAUUCCGUGACGGCAUCACCAAGUCCGAUGAGGUCUCGACUCGCCUCCACACUUUGUCCGACCUAGCUCAGGGCGUGAUCAGACGCUUUGCCGACAUCUAUUCUCAACAACACAAGUUUGGCGGCGGUAGCAGCGGCGCAACGAACAUCUUGCAAACCUAUCCUGGCAAGAUGGGUGUUCCCGGCUCACUUUUCGCCUCCAUGUCCAGCCACCGCGAGGCCCAAGAUGUCGCAGACAAGAAUUUCCUCCCCGAUGAGAUUGACGAUCUGCUUGACCGCGUGGUGCGGACUGCGAUGAAGCCCAAGAGCUCUUCUCACAGUACACAUAACAGCUCCGUCAAGAAGCGCAAGCCCGAGUCUCUUGAUGCGAACCGCAGCUCGUCUGCAUCUAAGAAGGCCCGCAAAUCCACAUCUGCCCGCCCACCCCGCAAAUCAACGUCCUCAGUCGGUGCCGAUCCGUCGAUGAAGUCCGCCAGACGCAAGCGGACGGGCGAUGACGAAUGGCCGUCUGAUGGUGGCUCCGAAGACGAAAAGCCCAAAUCUACCUCAGCCCGCCGGCGUAGUAGCCGCGGAACCGUUAAGCAAGGAGUCAGCUAUGCUGACAAGGACAGCGAUGAGGACGAUGAGGAGAUGCAGCAGUGGAAUAAGGCCCAGGAGGCUGGACAAAACGACGAUGAAGGGGAAGUGGAAGACUCGGACGAGGAGAUGCCGGAUGACGAUGAUGAAGACAACGAUCAAGACAAGGAAAAGGCCGAGGAGGAGGCCAGCGAGAAAGAAAACUCGCCUCCAAUCCCGCCAAAGCGUGGCCUUAAGGCGAAGGCGGCCGAGGUAAAGAGCAACCGUCGUGCAAAGCAGCCGGCCACAACGACAUUGCCGACGCGCCGUUCCUCGCGUCGGGGAUGA